GUAAGCUGCCGCACUACGGAUAGGCAGGCCCCCGCGGUCCGAGGCGGGCCGCUUGGGGCGCGCUGCGGGCAGGCUAGCGGCUGGCUCCCGCGGCGCAGAGUCCUCCCCGAAAUCGCCGGCGCCCUCAAGGCGCCGCGGUCACGGGAUCGUGCCCGCUGCGCACCGUCAACGGCGCGGUGGGACCGGGCAGCAGCAUCGACCAGUGCGCGGUCUCGGGCACACAGCGGCGCCUGCCAGAGGUGGUCCGCCACCGCGCCUCGCCGCGCGCCGAGAGCAGCCGCGGCGUGGUCCUGCACUUGGGUAGUUGCAUCCGGGCGCGGGCACCGAUACCGCUACCCUCCCCUCGCUUUCGUUUUCUGGGGCCUCCUGGGAGGCCUUCGCCUCCGUUGGAGUUGCCUCGAAAGUCUGGGCUACUGUGUUGGUGUCCCCCAGUUGCAUCCUGGCGCGGAUGCUGGGGGGCCGCGGGCCUCGACGAAGGCCUGGGCGGGCCGCUGCUGGGUCGGCAGGGAUUUGCGUGAAGAAGGGUUCGGUGCUCAAGCAGCGAGAGAAGGGCCCCCCCCGCGCAGGCGCGGCCAUAAUCGCGGGGCGGCUCGGGAGGAACGCCCAGCCACGCAGGAACCAACUGCGCAUAACAUGUCAUUUGCGAUUGGGUCCACCAGGUGCCCGUGGCGCCCAGCGAAGAGGAGCCCCGAGCCCCUCGAGGCACGGGCGCGAGGGCUACGGAGGCGCAUGUUCUGGAGAGGGACGCACUGCUUAAUAUUCGAGUCCGGGCGCGGAUGCCGGGGGCCAGUGGGCUUCGAAGCCUUGGGCGGGCCGUUGCUGGGUCGGCAGGGCUUUGCGUGGAGAAGAGGGCGCGGAAGCUCAAACAGCUCAGGAACGGUCCUCCCGCGCGGGCUCGCAGGGCGGCUCGGGAAGAGCGCCCAGCAGUGCAGGAACCAGAUGCGCACACUGGAGGAUAUGCGGUGGGGCCCCGCGGGUGCCCGUUGUGCCCGGCGAGGACGAGCCCCUUGUGAGGUGCCUGCGCGAGUGUUGCGAAGGCGCACGCAGCCGAUGAUUCCCCAGCCUGUGCAAGGACGGCAGUAUCUCCAGAUCGGUACCGCCGAUGACCAAAAGGUAAAGCGAUGACGCGCAAUGGCGCUCCCAAACAUCAUACGGUGUUGACGCACAGUGGGCCCCUCGCCAGCAAGUGACGUGUCCCUAGAGGGCACGAGGUGUUUGGUGAGCACCUUGCUGGUAGCGUCGGAGACCCGCGGGUUGGAAAAUGCGGUCUGUCGCAGCACUUCGAGGGCCAGCGAGGUGAUGCUGACGCGGUAGGCAAGGUCCUGAAAGAGCGCGUUGUUGCGGUCGACGUAGGACCCGAUAUUGAAAUGUCUGACCAGCCUAGAUACGAAAGGACCGGUUGAUCAGAACGCGGCGGUGCACAGUCAGUGCGCCAUGGCGGGCGAAGAGAGAAGUAAAAUGAGGCAGGGGAUGAAGGUGGAAGGGGGAGGAACAAAUAAUUGCCCUUAAGGAGCAUGACGAAGGCUGAAGGCAUGUUUGCUGCCGUCAAGUUCGAGGUAAACAAAAGUAUGCCCUCAGGCAAACGUCGGCGGCGCGCCCUGGGGGAAGUCAUAGGGACGGGCCUUCUCAGGAGACUUAGAAGGCCUCCAGCCUUCUGAGAAGCUGUCGAAGCCUUUUUCCGAAGGCACAGAGGGAAGGCCAGAUGGCUUCUGAGAAGCCCCCCACGCCUUCUUUGAAGGCCUGCCCCCUCUCACUUCCCAGACAUGGGGGCCGCAAGUCCCCACCUAUUCCCCAGGGCCAGUUCUCCAUCCCAGGCAAUGUUUGACGGUCUCGGGGCCCCGCGAGGGCCCUUGGACCUUUGGAGGCCAAAUAGAAACCGAGAACUUCCCGUCGUGAUUUUGUUCACGACACGAGCAUGUCUGGGUUCCCCCCUCUGCACACUGCCGAACAUGGUUCGUGCCUCGCGAGGGGGCAGAAGAGCCGAUGAUCCUCAGGACGUGAGUUAGCCCAAUGUGUGUCUGCCCCGCCCAGCUCCGCCGACAGCACGCCUCCUGGCAUCUCGGCCUUCAUCGCGUCGCCAGCGCCGUGACGAAGGGCCUCAGUAGACAGGCGCACGUUGGCUUGACGUGACACACGAUCUAAGGAUCAUCGAAGGGUCCCGAAGGGGGGAGGGCGUCAGGCGGGCGUAAGCGGCCACGCGGCCACCCCGAGGCCUGCGCGCCCCGGAGCGCGGAGCUGCUGCUGGUCCCCACGGCCCUCAGGGGCAACGUUCGGGGGGAUAGGCUCUGGCCGAAGAAGACAGAAGUGCAGAAACAAAAAUCCUGGAGCUCCUCACGGAUUUCUUGCAUCUGCGCCGGAGCCCCCUGGCGACACCCCUGGCGCGCUCCGCGCUCCAGGGAGGGGGACCCAGCGCAUAUCCCAGAAAUCCUCGCGGACCUCUGGCGAAAGUUGAUGUUCAUGCAGUUUGUCCUUCCUCCAUCAGGUGGCGAAGCAUUGACCCCCAGUCGCCCACUGAUCGCCGAUGGGCCGCCCCCGCCCAGGACCGUGCGGAUUUGCUUUCGGGGGCCCAUCGCCGAUCUAUGGGAAAUGUAUCGCCGAUAUCAGGUCGAUGGUUUCCCCCCUCCUAAUGUUGCCCCUCAGGCCCUCCCGUACACCGAGCCGAACGCGGCGACCAGGAUCGUACCUGCGCGCGCGAUGGAGAACCGCAUGUUCGUCGCAUAUUGCAACUACCCGUGCGUUCUCAGGGUUGACCGCGAGUACUUCUGUGGCCACAGCAACGUCUCGGGCCCAGAUGCAGAAUUCCUGGCUGGCCCAUGCGAUUGGGCGCACGAAGGGUUAUUAUUCUGCAGCGUCGGCUGGGACGAGAACCUUCGGUGGCUCGCGGACGAGACGCCGUACCUGCGCGACCGGAGGCCUGACUUCUACCGCUCGCAGGGGCUGUGCCAGGCUGGCCGUGACCCGCACGGGGAGGCGCCAGGAAAAAAGGUCGGAUAGAGCGCGUUCGUGGGGCCCGAUGGACUAAAAGGGGAGCCCCAGCUUGAAGCUACCCCCCUCCCCCCUUCCUUGCUGAAGGGGGGGGGGGCUUCGGAAGGAAGCCCCCCCCCCUCCCCUCCUUUUCGUGGUCCGGAAAGGGGGGGGGGCUUCCAAGCUACCCCCCCCCCUCCCUCCAUUUAAUUGAGCCGGGGUGAGCCACCCCCC